UACAAGUGAAAAAACAUGUUACUCCUUAUACACAUCUUUACCCAGAUUUGAUUUUCUUCUAAGAACCCUAAACGAAGAAAUGAAAAUGGUCUAUGAGGAGAUAAAAUGUUGCUAAGGCGUAUAUGGAGAUUAAUCAGGUAUUUAAAGCGGCAGAGGUCCAAAUCACAGGACUCCACCUUCCAAUUCGAAUUCCAACAGCCCAUGGCGGAUGAAUCCUUCUAAGACGACUCUGAUGAAUAAGCCCCAGAGGAGGCGAUGAUUCAACAUAGCAAUUGUCAAAUGUUGACCGUUGUUGACUGUCACUCUAUGUACUGCCGCCUUUGAUCAUCAGAGUUUCAAUCUCUCUCUCUCGCUAGCGAGUUCUUCGAUCUUUCUCUCUCUCUCGCUCAUCGCCGCCUGCAAAUUCAUGAAACAUGUCAGAUCUUCAAGAAUUUGUUCUUGAUACUGAAAUAGGCGGUGAAAUCGAAAAAGCAAUAAUGAGAUCGCAAGAUGUUUGGCUUGAUUUGGAAGAUGUAGUAACGAUCAUGGCGGCUUCCGAUGUACUUCCAAUUUCUGAUAAACCUUGUGUACCCGAUCACGAAGGGCUCUAUCUCUAUCACAAAGAAGCACUUCUGGAUAAUCUACAUUGGGAUGAGUAUGAUAACGAGACAACAGCGUUCCAAGGAGCGAUGAUGUUGGUCCAGACUGUAAGUACGUUAGAUCCAGAUUUUAUUCCCGAUCAAGAAAAGAUCAACUGGAGGAAAACCUACAACCAUGAAGGCUUUCAAUUCUGCUUAGUGCAGUACAAAUUAAGCUACAAUUAUAUCGAUCAAGCUCAAAACGGAAAUCAUGAAGAUGCAGAAGACAAUCACAACCAUCAUCAUGAAGAAGAAGAAGUAGAUCAUGAAGAAGGAGAUAUAAAUCCAUUUGAUUUGGAUGUUCACCUUUAUAGGCAGCAGCAGCAAAAUCAAGGGUCUAACCAGGUGGCUCCUCAGGCGGCGGCGGAGGUUAGUGACGAGAAUUUCGGAUUGAAGAUGGAAUUGGCUCUGAUUGUGGAUUUUGUUGGGAACCGGUUUAGAGAGAUGGGUGUUGGAGUAGAAUGGUUGAUGAGGGAGAAAGAUGAUAGAGAGAGCGAGAUUAGGCUUUUGAAAGGGGAAGCGAGCGAGGUUUUGAGUAUGAGGGAACAGUUGAGGAAGGUCUGUGAUGAGACGGACUCAAUCAAGAACGGUUGUGAGGAGGCGCAUCGAUUGAAGGAGAGUGUGAUUCCGUUGUUGGAGAAAGAAUCCAAUGUGGAGAUAGUUGUCGGGAGAUUGAGAUCUGAAAAUGAUAGAUUAAGUUUGACAACGAAAGAGUUGGCUUUGCUGGAUCUGGUUGUCGGACUGAAGAAGAAUCUUGCUGAGUCUACAGAGAAACAGAUAAAUCAGAAAAUUCCCAAGCCGCUUGCUUUCGAUUUUCUCCAGUCCCUCGGCCUCUUCUAUCAGCUGAGCAUGUGGGUUUACCUUUGUUUGAGGGCA